GUGUACGAGUUUUUGGAAUUUUGCUGUUCUCCUCGUUAAAAAAUGGGUCGUAAAGGAAAUUACAUCGAAAAACCUAAAAAAGGACCGGGCAGAAAGGCUCGGAAGCAAGCUGACCCCGUGUUUAAGUUCUCUAAAGAUGAAGCGACCGAUGGAAAGAAACUGUCCAGUAAUCAGAAGAAACGCCUCAAAAAGCGUGAACUGCAGAAGAACCAACCAGUGCCGGAAGCAAAUGAGGAACCAAAAUUCAACCAGCAAAAGAAAGUGACCAAACCACGGGCCAACCAGCAAACCGACAACAUCACCCACGUUCCGCCGGAGGUGUUUGAUGUGGAAAAAAGUCGCCAGAAGUACAAGCAAUUGGGUAAUAAAACACAGCCACGGUCUAACACAGUAGGCGCUAGCAACGGAUUGGCGAAAGGUGGUGCCGGUGGCCCAAAGAAGGCCCGGCAGUUGUUCGAUAGCGACGAUGAAAUGGAAAAUGAAGACCCCAAACCAAAGGGCGUGGCACGGCCUACGAAGAGUCAGAUGAAAAAGUUCCUUCAGCAAGCCGAUUCCGACGAAGAUGAGUCGGAUGAGGAGGAGCUCGAUAGCGAAGACGAAGACGAAGAUGAUGAGGCCGGAGAACAGGAUUCGGACGAUAGUGCCGAGGAAGCAGACAGCGAUGAAGAAGAUGACGACGAUGAUGACGACGAUGACGAAGACGGCGAUGACGACAUGCUACCGAUCGAGGCGGCUAACAAGAAGUUGAAGAAACGAAUGGCAAAGGAGCAAAAGCUGGCCGACGAGGAAAUGAAAGAAUCCGCGGCUAAUCGUGAGCGGUUCGAGUUCCCAACGGAGGAACAGCUCGCUCAGACGACCAAUUUGCAGGACGUGAACAUGCGGAUCAAAGACGUCAUCGGUGUGCUGUCGGAUUUUGCUGCGAACCGUGAUCCAGAGCGUUCACGCUGCGAGUACAUCGAUCUGUUGCGGAAGGACCUGUGCCUGUACUAUUCAUAUAAUGAAUAUUUUAUGAAUCUGCUGAUGGACCUAUUCUCUCCGAACGAGCUGCUCGAAUUUUUGGAGGCAUCGGAAUUGCAGCGACCGAUAACGAUUCGUACAAACAGUCUAAAGACUCGUCGUCGUGACCUGGCACAAGCCCUGAUCAACCGUGGCAUCAAUCUGGACCCGAUCGGCAAGUGGUCUAAGGACGGGCUGGUAGUGUACACGUCGCAGGUUCCACUUGGCGCUACACCGGAGUACUUUGCGGGUCACUACAUGCUGCAAGGUGGUUCCAGUAUGUUACCCGUUUUGGCUUUGGCUCCGGAGGAGAAUGAACGCAUCCUGGAUAUGUGUGCUGCUCCUGGAGGCAAGAGCUCUCACAUUGCCGCACUGAUGAAGAACACCGGCGUACUGGUAGUAAACGACUCCAACAGAGAACGACUGCACGCCGUACUGGGUAACUUCCAUCGACUGGGAGUGCAGAACGCCAUCAUCACGUGCAUGGAUGGCAUUAAGUUCCGUGACGCUAUGAAGGGCUUCGAUCGUGUGCUGCUCGACGCACCGUGUACCGGAUCAGGGGUCAUUGCCAAGGAUCCCAGCGUGAAAACGUCGAAAACGGAAAUUGAUGUCCAGAAGUGCUACAAUCUACAGCGCCGUUUGCUCCUAUCGGCUAUCGAUUGCCUAUCGGCCAAAUCGAAAACGGGCGGAUACUUGGUGUAUUCGACAUGUUCCGUUUUACCACAAGAAAACGAAUGGGUUAUUGAUUUUGCAUUGAAGAAGCGCAACGUACGCCUGGUACCGUUGGGGAUCGAUUUCGGGGUAGAAGGUCUGACCCGAUUCGGAGUACAGCGGUAUCAUUCCUCGAUGAAACUCACUCGACGCUUCUAUCCCCAUACCCACAAUAUGGACGGGUUUUUCGUCGCAAAGCUGCAGAAAUUCUCUGAUGCCAUCCCGAAGAACACGGAAGACGAGGCGGACACUGAAACCACCGAGGGCGUGGCCGCUGACGGAGCAGAGGACAUUAAGCUACCGAAAAAGAUCGACAAACGGGACUGGUACUAUAAGGAUAUCGUGGAGAAGCGUAAGGCCGAGCGUGAGGAUAAGAAUCAUGUCGUGAAAGUGUUCCAGAAGCCAACGAACGUUAACAAAAAGAAGAAAUCCUGGAAGAAGACCAAUGACCCUGCGGUGACUAGUAACGCCGAGUCAGCAGCUGAAGCUAAACCGCAGCAGAACGGGUUUGCCAAAGCAACGAAAAUGUUUGCAACCAACGGCAAACCGGCAAUAUCUAUCGUUGAGCGCGAGAAGGCAGAAGGAUCCGAGCUGCUAAAGUCAAUGCAGAAAGUCACGGCAAUGGAAAUGAGUCGUGCAGCAGCAGCAGCUGCUGCAGAAGGAUCCGAGCUGCUGAAGGCAAUGCAGAAAGUCACGGCAAUGGAAAAGAAUCGUGCAGCAGCAGCUGCUACUGCUGCUGCUGCUGCCGCCGCUGCUGCUGGCAAGCAUAACCCUGUUGAGCGCGUGAAGGCAAUGCAGAAGAGUUUUGGCGCCAACAAGAGUGGUGGUAAAUCAGCGAAAGCAAAGCACAGCAAUGGAAAGGUACCGGGUGUGAAGAAGAAUUCCUUUAAGAAGAAGGUUGGGAAGGUAGGAAAGCACUAGAGUUUAAAACAUGCAUGAGAAGUUGUAUAAAAUGAAAAUAAAACUAUUUCCAUUUGAUACAAACACAUUCUUUGUUCGAAAUGAGAAAUGUACCAGCAUCUUUCCCAGAAUAAACAAGA